AUGCAGGACACAUACUAUGCUCAAAAUGGGCCCCAGGCGUCUCAAGGAAGCCAGCUACUACACAGUCAGCCCCCACAGACCACUGAGACCAAUAAGUACCCGCCUGUGUCUGGAUCGUGGAGCGAAGACGACGAAGACCGUUACUCCAGAUGGGACCCGCGGGGAUGGUCCCUAAAGAAGAAGAUACUCGUUGCAAUUGGGAUAGUUGCGGUGAUUUUGGCCAUCAUUCUCGGUUCCGUGCUAGGAGUGCGAGCCAAUCGGUACCCCAACUACUCAAAACUGAACUACACGUUGAAAGACAGCUACUCGGGAUCAUCGUUCUUUGAUGAUUUUGAAUACUUCACAGCCGCUGACCCAACCCACGGAUUUGUUCAAUAUAUCGACCGGGCUGCAUCCCAAUGGAUGAACCUGACAUAUGCUACUGAGACAUCUGCCGUGCUGAAGGUUGACACGAAAUACAAUGGCUCGGAGGCAGCUAAUGGACGUCAAUCUGUGCGAAUCACGUCCAAGAAGACAUACGCCGAUGGUCUCUUUAUCUUCGACAUCAUCCAUACCCCUUACGGAUGUGGCACUUGGCCAGCCUUGUGGCUGACAGACCCCAGCAACUGGCCGGAGCACGGAGAGAUUGAUGUUGUGGAGGCAACGAACGCUGGCACAUUCGGAAGCCAGUCUACUCUUCAUACCUCCAAGGGAUGCUCUAUGGGCGUCAAGCGGAAAGAGACCGGCGCAGUGGCGGACAAGGACUGUUACUACAAGUCGAAUUCGAAUGCAGGUUGUGGUGUGAAAGGAGCAGAGGGUACCUAUGGCCCUGAGUUCAAUAGCAAGGGUGGCGGAGUCUAUGCCAUGGAGCUUCGUGACGCUGGUAUUCGCGUGUGGCAAUGGGCUCGCUCGAAGAUCCCAUCCGACGUCACCUCGGGAAGUCCCGACCCGUCAACCUGGGGCGAAGCCUUUGCGGACUUUCCCAGCACGGAUUGUGACAUCGCUUCCCAUUUCAAGAAUCAAAGUAUCGUCGCCAAUAUUGCGUUGUGUGGUGAUUGGGCGGGUUCCAAAAAGUACUACGCGGCACAAAGUAGCUGUCCUGGCAACUGUGAAGCAUUUGUGCGGGAUAAUGCUACUAGUUUCGCUACAGCGUACUGGGAGUUUGGCAGCUUCAAGGUUUACCAAGCUACUUGA